CACAAGAUUAUGGACGUUUUCUGGAUUAUAUCAAGCUUUCCAAGCAGGCGUAACUUUAUUGAUCGCCAUAUACAGGCUCCCCCUAGGCCCCAUGCCCGUACCACCGUUAACGUUGUAAACGAUCAAGAACAACGUCAACAGCUACCGCUCGCUGCUGUUGCUGCACGUCAAGAACCCGGUCCCAACAAGAUGUUGGUGAAAGCUGUAAUUCAGCCUCUGUCCCACGCCCACUUCCUCUUCUAUCUUAAACUGAUGACGUUUGAAGAUGGCGAAUAAAACAUUUGUGAAAAGAGCUUUACAGUCACUGUCUCCGAUGGUAUCUGAGGCUAGGAGAUCAAAAAUAGCAUCAGUCGUGCCCUCUAGAACUAGAUCAUUCGGCAUUCUCCUUGAAAAUGUUCACGAUAAAGGCAAUGAGAAUGCAGUUGCUAGGACCAUGGACGCAUUUGGUGUACUGUGUAUGCAUCGAUUGACGACUGUCCCUCCUGUGGCUAAUGAGAAAGUAGAACGUAUUCGAACGGAUGCUGGUGCCAAGCAGUGGCUCGAGAUCUUGGACUGGAGUAAUCUAGAAGAUUGCGUACACAUGCUCAAAGAUAACGGGUACAUGAUUGCCAGUACGAGUCCAAAUUGUUCUUUGGAUAUAGUGGACAUUGAUUUCUCCAAGAAAAUGGUUGUUGCUUUUGGCAAUGAACAAAAAGGUAUAUCAGAGGGACUUGCCAAAUUUUCAGAUUUGCAGUUUUCUUUGCCGAUGAAGGGCUUUGUGGAAAGCUUCAAUGUUUCUGUGUGUGUAGCUAUAACUUUGUAUCACGCUUAUUGUCACAGAAUUGGGAAAAUGGGUCUCAAUGGCUGCCUUACAGAAGAGGAACAGGACACACUUACAUUGUCAUAUUACAUGAAAAGCUUGGGCAUUACAGAACAAAAUAUACACCAUUAUUUUAAUAAGCCAUGAAACUGAUCAGCUUUAAGUUGUCGCACAUACUCUGCACACUUGACAAUAAUUAUAUAAUUGUUACAUGUAUAUUACAUACA